AUGGGCAACUGUGGUACCAGAGACGAGGCUGCCGUCUUCACUCCUCAAGCUCAAGCCCAACAGCUACAGAAGAAGCAUUCGCGCUCCGUCUCAGAUCUGAGCGAUCCAUCGACUCCUGGCUUCCUGGACGAAUCUCGCAGUCCAUUUUCGUACUCGCAAGUCAUCCCCUUCACUUUGUUUGAGCUUGAGACCAUCACCAAGAGCUUCCGCCCAGACUAUAUCCUCGGAGAAGGCGGCUUCGGCACCGUCUACAAGGGCUACAUUGAUGACAAUCUCCGCGUUGGCCUCAGGUCUCUCCCUGUCGCCGUCAAGGUCCUCAACAAGGAGGGCCUCCAGGGCCACCGUGAAUGGCUUACCGAGGUCAACUUCCUCGGCCAGCUCCGCCAUCCCAACCUCGUCAAGCUUAUUGGUUACUGCUGCGAGGACGACCACCGUUUGCUUGUUUACGAGUUCAUGCUCCGAGGCAGCCUUGAGAAUCACCUCUUUCGAAAAACUACAGCUCCGCUAUCAUGGUCUAGAAGGAUGAUGAUUGCUCUUGGUGCUGCCAAAGGGCUUGCUUUCCUCCACAACGCUGAAAGACCCGUUAUUUAUCGCGAUUUCAAGACUUCCAAUAUUCUGCUUGACUCGGACUACACAGCCAAGCUUUCAGAUUUUGGCUUAGCUAAAGCCGGGCCCCAGGGUGAUGAAACCCAUGUAUCAACUCGAGUGAUGGGCACUUAUGGCUAUGCUGCCCCGGAAUAUGUCAUGACUGGACACCUGACGGCCAGAAGUGAUGUGUACAGCUUUGGAGUUGUUCUUCUGGAGAUGUUGACAGGAAGAAAAUCAGUGGACAAGACAAGACCGAGCAAAGAGCAGAACCUGGUGGAUUGGGCUCGGCCGAAGCUGAAUGAUAAAAGAAAACUGCUGCAAAUAAUAGACCCGAGGCUGGAGGAGCAAUACUCUGUGAGGGCAGCGCAGAAGGCAUGCAGCUUGGCGUAUUACUGUCUAAGCCAGAAUCCGAAAGCUAGGCCAUUGAUGAGUGAUGUGGUUGAGACUUUGGAACCUUUGCAGUGUACAAGUGAUUCCCUGAUCCCUGGUGGUGCUGGAGCUGCGUUUGCAAUGGGAGGGGUCCCUGAUUACAGAAUGCACCGGAGGUUUGCGAAGAAUGUCGGGCCUGGUGCCAUUUGCAGGUCACCCAAUCCAAAUUGUUCACCAGGUGGACCUGCUGCUUGCAGAGUGCGGUGA